UUUACCGUUUAAGUUUUGCCGCUAAGCGGGAUUGUGAAAUUUUUCAUUUAGUCGAAAUAUGGAUCAGGAAGUUAUUGAUUUCUUCGACUUCUCAAAGGAGUUGAAGCGCGUGCCCGCCGCCCCGCAAGGCUACAUCAGCAGCGAUCCGAGGCUCAUGGCCACGGAGUCCAAAUCCUCCGAAGUGCCCAACCGCGAGGUGAUCGGCACCGACUAUGUCACCAAAAUCGUCGCUAAGGAAAAGUGUCGCCUGAACAGGACGCUGCUCGAAUACCAGCCUCAAGGCAAACGCAAUCGAACGCUGGACGAUUUGGACACCGACGAUGAGGCGGAAGAGACCAAAAUUCGGCGGGAUGACGAGUACUACAAGAAGUUCAGAUUCAAUCUGAAUCGCGACAAGAACUUGUCCAUCUACGCCAAGCGCGAGGAAAUAUUGGCGGCCAUCAAUGCUCAUCCGGUAAUCAUUAUCAAGGGCGAAACAGGAUGUGGCAAGACCACGCAGGUGCCCCAAUACAUUUUGGACGAGGCCUAUAAAAGCGGUAAAUACUGCAACAUUGUGGUGACUCAACCCCGGCGCAUAGCUGCCAUCUCCAUAGCGAAUAGAGUUUGCCAGGAGCGCGAGUGGCAGCAGAACACGGUGUGCAGCUUCCAGGUGGGCCUGCACCGGCCGAACUCUUUGGAGGACACUCGUCUGUUGUACUGCACCACGGGGGUGCUGCUAAAUAAUUUGAUUCACAACAAGACGUUGACCCACUACACCCACAUUGUGCUGGACGAGGUGCACGAAAGAGACCAGAACAUGGAUUUUUUGCUGAUCGUGGUGCGUCGCUUGCUGGCCACCAACUCGCGGCAUGUGAAGAUUAUCCUGAUGUCGGCCACCAUCGAUGCCAAGGAACUGUCCGAUUACUUUGCCACCACUAACUCAAUUCCGCCGGUGAUCACCACCAAUCAUGGACGUAAGCACUCGAUCGAGAAGUUCUACCGUGACCAGCUCGGCAGCAUUAUUUGGAAUGAGGAAGAUGUGGGCGACCAGCACGUUCCAGAAAUCAACAAACAUGGCUACAGGGCGGCUGUAAAGAUUAUAGUGAUUAUUGACAACAUGGAACGGAAGGCUGCAAUCCGGUCGCGGCUGAGCUACGACGAGACCCUGCGCUAUGGAGCUGUGCUCAUCUUUCUGCCAGGCAUCUACGAAAUCGACACGAUGGCAGAAAACAUUACUUGUAUGCUGGAAAACGACCGUAACAUUAAAGUCUUAAUUGUUCGCUGCUUUUCGUUAAUGACACCGGAAAAUCAACGGGAUGUGUUCAAUCCCCCGCCUCCCGGUUUCCGCAAGAUCAUCCUGGCCACAAACAUUGCUGAGAGCUCCAUCACGGUGCCAGAUGUCUCAUACGUUAUUGACUUUUGUCUCACCAAAGUAAAGGUAACCGAUACGGCUAGCAGCUUCUCUUCGCUCCGCUUAUCCUGGGCCUCCAAAGCCAAUUGUCGUCAGCGUGCCGGCCGCGUUGGUCGUCUUCGUAGUGGACGCGUUUACCGUAUGGUUAAUAAACACUUCUACCAGAGGGAAAUGGCCGAGUUUGGAAUACCAGAAAUGUUGCGCUUGCCCUUGCAAAACUCGGUGCUCAAGGCCAAAGUGCUGAAUAUGGGAUCACCGAUGGAAAUCUUGGCUUUGGCCCUAUCUCCGCCGAAUCUGUCGGACAUACAGAAUACAAUACUGCUUCUGAAAGAGGUGGGUGCUCUGUACUUAACAGUAGACGGCGUCUACGACGCGUUGGAUGGCGAUCUCACCUACUGGGGCACAAUCAUGGCUCGGCUGCCGUUGGACACACGUCAGUCCCGGCUUAUCAUAUUGGGUUAUAUUUUUAACAUGCUAGAAGAAGCUAUUAUCAUAGCUGCUGGAUUAUCGACGAAUGGCUUGUUUGCGCACGACGGUGGUAGGACUCAAUUAGGCGAUUCAUUUUGGAUGCACUAUAUCUUCGCCGAUGGAUCUGGCUCCGACUUGGUGGCCAUUUGGCGCGUAUACCUGACAUAUUUGAGCUUGGUGGAAAUUGGUCACGACCAAGAGUCCGCUAUCCGUUGGGCCAAACGUUUCCACGUUUCCUUGCGGUCACUUAAGGAGAUACACUUGUUGGUGCAGGAACUGCGUAUGCGAUGCAUGCAUCUCGGUCUGAUUCCGUUUUCAGUUAAUCCUAGCCAGAUGAUGGACGAUCGUGAAAAAGCGAUCAUGCUCAAAGUGAUCAUCGCCGGUGCCUUCUACCCAAACUACUUUACGCGUUCCAAAGAUACGUGCGCUGACACAGAUCGCAAUAUAUACCAGACAAUAUCGGGCCACGAUCCCUGCCGCACCGUAUAUUUUACCAACUUUAAGCCUGCCUACAUGGGCGAGUUGUACACUAGGCGCAUUAAGGAGCUAUUUCAGGAGGUCAGGAUUCCGCCAGAAAACAUGGACGUUACCUUUCAAGAGGGUUCGCAAAAGGUUUUUGUCACAUUCAAACAGGAUGACUGGAUUGCAGAUUCAUCUAAGUUUGUUCCUGUGUCGGGCCGAGUUCAAAGUGAAGUGUACAAGGCAGUUAUGAUGCGACAAAAUCGUUUGGAACGACCAAUACACAUAAUGAAUCCGAGUGCAUUUAUGAGCUACGUACAGCAGCGAGGGAUUGGAGAUGUGAUUGAGGGUCGUUGGAUUCCACCCACAAAGCCUUUAAACGUCGAGCUUCUUGCGCUGCCAUCAGUCUUCGACAAAACUAUUUCAGGGUUGAUUACUUGCAUCGUCAGCUGUGGCAAGUUCUUUUUUCAACCCCAAUCUUUUGCAGAAUGCAUUGGAAAUAUGUCUGAAAUCUUCAAUGCUCCACAGCAACUUAGAAAUUACGUAAAUAACGCGGGUGCCAUCACAAAGGGCAUGAUGGUGCUGGCCAAACGCGAUAGUUAUUUCCAGCGCGCCACAGUGAUCCGACCAGAGAAUCAGAGCAAUCGCCAACCAAUGUUCUACGUGCGCUUCAUCGACUAUGGUGACUGCGCCUUGCUGUCCAUGCAGCAAAUGCGUUUGAUGCCGAGAGAGCUGACUGAACAGUACGGCGACCUUCCGCCACGUGUUUUUGAGUGCAGGCUGGCAAUGGUUCAGCCCUCUUCAAUGGUCACUGGAAACAACCGGUGGUCCACUGCGGCUAAUGAUAUGCUCCGUUCAGUGGCCAAAAGCGGUCUCAUUGAUAUCGAGGUGUAUUCGCUGUUCAAUAAUGUAGCAGCUGUUCUCAUUCACAUGAGAGAUGGCAUAAUUAACGAUAAGCUAGUAGAGCUUAUGCUGUGUCGUCGAUCCGACGAAGAUUAUAUGUCUAGAAAGGAUCAUGACUUCCGGUUGCGACGUCAAGAAUCUGCCCGGUACUUGAGCUCGGCGCAGCGUCAGCAGAUCAAUGAGGAAUACAUGCGAUCCUGUCAGCUGCCGCAAGACCACGACCUACGACCGCCUCCGCCUGAAAAGUGCAAGACCGUUGUAAUUUUGAAAGGACCCUAUAGUCCUUUGGAAUGUACCAUGCAGUGCAUUACUCGUGUGGGCUCAAGUAAACGGGUGAAUAUAGACCAUUUCUCCGUUAAUGCACUUCUCCUGGACGCUGAUCCUCAAGAUCACCACGAUCAUUUGAUAGUGGCCCACGAAAUCGCGGAGAACAGAAACGGGCACACACUGACAGCCCGUGGAACCACCCUGAUGCCCAAUGUGCAGGGAUUCGGUGCUCUAAUGGUUAUGCUAUUUAGUCACACCAUGCAACUUAAAUGCAAUAGAGAAGGCACAUCAUAUGUCUCUGUCCUGGGAGGAUUGGGUUGUGACCCGGAAACAAACGAGCCCUACUUCCCAGAGCAUGACGUGUUGAUUAAUCUGGAUGUCAACAUUCUCGAAGAUGAUGUGAUUCUGAUUAAUCAAAUUCGCUACUAUAUAGAUAGUGUCUUCUUCAACUUUAAGGAUGAAAACAAUCCAGCGGUCAGCGCAAAUGAACGUGUUUCCAUAUACACUCAGCUGCGCAGCCUUAUAAAUAGGCUCCUUUGCAAGGAUCGCAGAUACAUCGAAAGAAAUAUGAGCAAUGCGGAUUUCGAAUGGGAAACCCAUCCCGAUCUACCACCUCCGAAUGAACCUUUUGGCAAGAGGGCCAUAUUCCCGAUGCACUCACUUACUGAGCUCCAAGAGGAAGACACGGGUCGCUUGGUGCAACUGAGAGAGAACUGCAGCAUGUUGCACAAGUGGCGCAACUUCGAAGGCACUUUACCGCAUAUGACUUGCAAACUGUGCAAUCAGUGGUUGGAAUCGGUUCCCCAGCUCCGUUUGCAUCUCCUGACCAUAUUGCAUCGUGAUCGCGAAAAGCAAAUCGACUAUUGCAACCAAUAGGAAUGGUUUAAAUUGACAACAGCUCAUUUUGAAAUUUUUGAGCUCUCAUUUCUUUUCUUAAAGGACUACACUUAUUUGGUUUAAAAAAAAAUGACGUUUUCAGGGAAUGAAAACAAGUUUUGAGUUGAAUCUAAAGCUAAAGAAAGCUUGAUUAAGAUAAAUAUUUUCUAUGCCAUGUUGAAUGAUCUCUCUUCGUUCGAUUACGGAGUGUAAAAUGUGAAAUAUAAUUUUUUGUUAAUUA